AUCCUUUUGGAGAACAGUAGAAGAAAGAGAAUUGUGCAUUUGGUGGAUCUCGUAGCAUUCUUCACACCGUGGAUGAAGACUAUUUUGAUUGGCGUAAGUGAGAAGUGGAGCUGGAAGACUCUGAGGUGAAUAAUUCUUUCUCCCUUGAUCAAUGGAUUUCAGUUUCACCAGGAUGUGUUUUAAGCAGCUACAGUGCAGUGCCAUGAAAGCGUAUAUUGUCCAUGACACACUGGGAUUAUCAUGAUUGCUUACUCCAUUUCGAAUUUAACCACUGGCCACGAAAUCUGCAUGGUUGGCAGCAAAGACUGGAUUUUUAAAGAGAGCAUAACAGGUCUGUGACGGAGGAUUAGACAAUAUCAGUGGAGUCAUGCUUCACACAGCCAUAUCAUGCUGGCAGCCAUUUCUAAGUCUGGCUGUGCUGCUAAUUUUCAUGGGCUCCACCAUAGGCUGCCCAGCCCGCUGUGAGUGUUCAGCACAGAACAAGUCUGUCAGCUGUCACCGGAGGCGCCUGAUUGCCAUCCCUGAGGGCAUCCCCAUAGAGACAAAAAUCCUGGAUCUUAGCAAGAACAGACUGAAAAGUGUCAACCCAGAGGAGUUCACAGCUUUCCCGUUGCUUGAGGAGAUAGAUCUCAGUGACAAUAUCAUUGCCAAUGUCGAGCCUGGAGCCUUUAACAAUCUGUUUAACUUGCGUUCCUUGCGACUGAAAGGGAACCGUCUCAAGUUGGUCCCUCUAGGGGUCUUCACUGGACUGACAAACUUAACCAAGCUAGAUAUCAGCGAGAACAAGAUUGUCAUUCUUCUGGACUACAUGUUCCAGGAUCUGCACAACCUCAAGUCCCUUGAGGUUGGGGAUAAUGAUCUGGUUUACAUAUCCCACAGGGCCUUUAGCGGACUGCUUAGCUUGGAGCAGCUCACUCUGGAAAAAUGCAACUUAACAGCUGUACCAACAGAAGCCCUUUCCCACCUUCACAACCUCAUCAGCUUGCACCUGAGACAUCUCAACAUUAACCUUUUGCCUGCGUAUGCCUUUAAGAGAUUGUUCCACCUGAAAAACCUAGAAAUUGACUACUGGCCUAUGCUGGACAUGAUUCCUGCCAACAGCCUGUAUGGCUUGAACCUCACUUCCCUCUCCAUCACCAAUGCUAACUUGUCCACCAUACCUUAUUCUGCUCUGAAGCACCUGGUGUACCUGACACACCUGAACCUCUCCUACAAUCCCAUCAGCACCAUUGAGUCAGGCAUGCUGGCAGAUGUGUUGCGCCUGCAGGAGCUUCACAUGGUUGGGGCCCAGCUGCGUACAAUUGAGCCCCACGCUUUUCAAGGACUUCGAUUCCUCCGUGUGCUAAACGUGUCCCAAAAUCUGUUAGAGACCAUCGAGGAGAACGCAUUCUAUUCUACCAAAGCCUUGGAAGUCCUUUGCAUCAGCAACAAUCCAUUAGCUUGUGACUGCCGCUUGCUUUGGAUAUUACAACGGCAGCCCACGCUACAAUUUGGUGGUCAGCAGCCAAUGUGUGCUGGCCCAGACAGUGUCAAAGAAAGGCCAUUCAAAGACUUCCACAGCACUGCCCUUUCUUUCUACUUCACUUGCAAGAAGCCCAGGAUCCGCGACAAGAAGCUACAGUACUUGGUGGUUGAAGAGGGGCAGACUGUACAGUUGCUCUGCAGCGCUGAUGGUGACCCACAACCAACCAUCGCUUGGCUGACACCACGACGAAGGCUGGUCACAGCAAAAUCCAAUGGAAGAGCGACCGUCCUGGGGGAUGGCACACUGGAGAUCCGCUUUGCCCAGGAUCAAGACAGUGGGCUCUAUGUUUGUGUUGCCAGCAAUGCUGCUGGGAAUGACACCAUGUCAGCCACCCUCACUGUCAAAAGGUUUCCACCAGAUCGUUUCCUUUAUGCUAACAGGACUCCUAUGUAUAUGACGGAUUCCAAUGACACCAGUUCCAAUGGGACCAAUGUGAAUACAUUCUCCUUGGACCUUAAGACAAUACUGGUGUCGACAGCCAUGGGCUGCUUCACAUUCCUUGGGGUGGUUUUAUUUUGUUUCUUACUACUUUUUGUCUGGAGCCGAGGGAAAGGCAAGCAUAAAACCAGCAUUGACCUAGAGUACGUCCCUCGUAAAAACAAUGGUGCGGUGGUGGAAGGGGAAGUUCCAGGACCACGCAGGUUCAAUAUGAAAAUGAUUUGAUGGUUGUGCUGCUAGCAUUAAUUAUUUCUCUCCCUUCUUUCCCUCCUGUGGCAUUUUAACCAAUUCAACAAGCUUGGCAUGUAGGGAUUGCCAGGCUGGGGGCAGCUUCACUUAGGCUGUCAUGGUGUCAAAACGGUACACAGAAAUCAGAAAAGACAACUAUCUGAGGUUGUACAUCUGAGCCUCGUGGUUUGAGGCUGUGUGUGUGUUAGGGCUUUUUGCAGAGUUGGCAUACAGUACUAAUUGUUUGCAUUGCAAAUUUUUUGGCAUUCUGGGGAUCUCAGUAACGAACUAUCGGUUCAUGCUCACAGAUAAUUGUUCAAAACAUUUUCUACCACUAGAGAAAAAAAACAAAGAAAAGAAAAAAAAAGAAAAAACCUACAGUGUAGGGAUUUCAUAUUUACAGAAAGAGACAUUUGUCUACAACAUACACUACAAUGAAAAUUGUAUCUAUAGCUCUCAUUUGCUAAAGCCUUGCAUCCUACAUUCCUUCUAGUUGGUUCAGCAUCACAAGAUUAGUAUGUUGAUUUUAUUUUUUUAAAUAUACAUAUUUACUGUGUACAUUUUAAAGCAAUACAAAUGAGAGGUUUUGUUUUUUACGCGGUAACUGACCCUGAUGUGAUGUAACUCUUCCCGUAAGUACAGCCAACUUCCUAAAUCAGACCUCUGUAGUCACCAGUAAACGGUAUUGUCUGGUGUCAAUCCUCAUGUGAAAGACCAGAGAAGAACUAUUAAAGUAGGCAGAAUUUCUCCAUGCCCUGUUACACUUUUCUUCAUUUGAAGAAAUGGCGUGUGCCUAAUUUUGAUUUUUAAAAGUCUGUGAUAUCCCACUGGACCAGUCUAUUGUGAUAGAGUCCAUGGUUCCGCUUUCUCAUCACUGUUGACAUAUAAGCUGGCAACACUUACAUUUGGAGGACCGUCCCUCGUCCUCUUCCCAUAUUCUUCUCUUUUAAUUUCUGAACCAUUGUUAAGAGGUUAAUGUGUACCGGGGAUAAAGAACCAGAAAAAUAAAUUCUGCCAUAUACUUAGAGAAAUGCUAUCAGCAUUGUAUUUAUAGAAACAAAUGAAAAUAGAUUUAAAAAAUCAGCGUAGAGGAAUAAGCUCCUCCCUGAUGCCAAUAAACCAGACUUAGCCAUGCAUUAUGAAAGGAGAUGCCACUCAACAGAACCUUCCAUACUUGAUAGCUUCCAAAAAGCCGAAGUACUGCCAAACUACAAGCCAGAGCCAGUUUUGUAUCCAUAGAUAAUGCAGGCUGGUAGCUAACUGAUUCCAUUGUUGCUAGUUUUUCCUCACAUAAAUGACCCUGACAGAUGAUCCUGUGGAGAAAAAGGCAUAGUGGUACCAUACCAGAUUCCAAUAUUCUAUAUAUAUAUAAGAGUUGUUAGUAGCAAAAUAAGAAAUUUGCAGGUGUCUGCUCUUAAAUAAGAGUGAUAGUGACUGAGUGAGAGAAUGUGUGCACGUGUAGAAUCCUAUUGGUUGUUUAUAGUGGUGUUAAGUGCAAACUGCUGCUGAUUAACAAGUUGCCCCUUAUAGUCCUCAUUGUGCGUCAAGUAAAACCACAAGGAGUAUAAGCAGCAGUUCAUUAGCUAGCAGCAUUUAGUCAUUUUGAUUUACACCACUGUAUUUACACCAGUGUUCACAACCAAUAGUAUUCUGGCCAUAUGUAUAUAUGUGAGUGUAUAUACAUAUAUACAGAUAUGCACACACAUGGGAGAACUGACCCUAGGUAUUAAAUAAUUUGUUAUUGAUGUUUCACCUACACCUCACCUUAAGUGUAUAAUAUAUAUACAAUCCAGAACAAAAAGGCAUCUUUUUAAAGAAAAGAAUUUAGGCCUUUGGCAUAAACAUCUAGUUUGUAGUCCAAGUUCAUUGUUUAUAAGCAGUAGUAUGAAACCAGUGCAAAUGGAUGCUCCUGAAGAAGAAUCACAUUUGGUCCAAAAAUGAUAUUGAGGAAGAGUGCUGAGUACACUAUUUCAGAAUGGCCCACCAGACAGAGGAGGGUACUGCAUCCGCUGGUGAUAUUCUAUGGGAAUCCUAUGCAGGAGGUUCUCUGAUCACAACGCCUUUAGAGAGUACUGGAGCCAUUUUGGAAUCUAGUGUGAAGCAAAGAGCAGACAGAUGUGCUCUAUGUUCAUGGUAUUUUCUUCCCAGAACCCAGGGUGGGGAGGAGAAAUAUUGAUCAUGCAAAGGAAACAGGAAGAAGGCAGGGAGGGAGUUUCUGUGUUGACUAACUCUUAGAAAGGUAAAAUCUAAUAUUUGUGAAUGUCUGUGAUUUAACAAUUGUUACAAUUCAUGACUGCUUUAACUGUUUUGUUGUCAUUUUAGUACUUCUAUUGCCUAGCCUUUCCCAAGUAUAAAAACUAAUACACAGAGGGUAGGAAGAUUGGGAAUAAUGUAUGUGACAGAAUCCCUGGGCUGAUUGAUGGAUGGAUUUGCUUUCUUGCUUGCUAGCUAGAUAGCUAGCUUUAUUUCUUUAUUGUGCUAUGUGUUAUUCUUCCCCUCAAGAUCAUGAAAAAAAAGGAUUUGAGAGCUGGACUGUGGUGGCAAGAUAGUGUAAUGUAGAAAUGACAAAAACUGAAGCAAUAUGUUCCCAACACUCCCGGUGACAUUACCUAUAUAGUAUGUUCCUUUAGAAUUUGGCUGAGAUCUAUGUGAUUCUUUGAAACUAAGAUGAAUAAGUAGCGAGUGAGCAAUUUGUUAUGAAUGUUUGUGAGGGGGUGUGCGCAUGUGUAUGUGUUAGCUAUCUGUCAGUUAUGGAUUAUUUGAAAGCCAUGAAUAGGAUUUUACAGAGACAUGUAUUCAGAUUCUAUAUCUGACCUUUCUGUCAUUUUAACAAACAUGGAAAUCAUAUUGCUUAUGGCUGAGAUUUCAAAGCAGUUUUAAAGGAUUUUAAUGCAUUUUCCACUCACCUCCAACAUCUAACAACAUUUAGCAACAUUUGUUUUGCUCUUGGAUCAAUGUGUAUAUGCUUGUACAAUCAGGAUUAUGUUAUUUUCAGCACGGUUGCAUUCACAUAACUUUUCAUGCAUCUCAUACAAAACAUAUUUAUGAUUGCACACCAUGUCUAGUGACACAUUCUUAUGAUGUGAUUUGCAUACACCUGUAUUUCAUAUCGCAUCACUUUAGUAACUCUGGAACAGGAAAAUCAUAGGAGGAAUUAUGGCCUUUCUCAUGCCACUACACUGACCGUACGAUGCCAGAGUACCAUGAGAAACAACCAUGAAAUGCAAUAGGCACGAGGCAAUUUCUGUGAAGAACUAGUUACUAAGUCAAAUCCACAAUUGUGAUAGCAGCUCUGAAGCUGUCUCUGCAGCUUCUUUUCACACUGUCCCGAAAUAAUCCGGAUAAUAUCACAUGGAGCCUGUUUAAUGAGUUUUGCACAUCUCCUCAGGUAAUAAGGAGGAUGAUAGUGGGAAAGAGCCAUGUAAUGGGCCCACAGAAAGUGAGCUCAUAUAGACACCCUUAGGGGGGGGAAAAAAACCUUGGAUCCACAGUGUAGCACCCCCAGACAUCUGACCUGACAAAAUAGUAUGAAAAUAAUAUUCUCUUAUAGUUCUGUUCUUUGGGGAUGACUGGCCUCUUAAGCAUAAUUUGGUCCCUCAAAUCCUGCACUUAAAAUGCCUUGCUAACUAACUGCCUUUUUAACAGGCAUUGUAGAAAAUGCUUUUUAAGGUCUGAAACAGGCCAUUAAAAGUGAAGUUAUACUUAAAAGCCACAUUGUAUGCCAGAAGCUUGUAGAGUGGCAUGACUUGCAAUACUGGAACACACAAACACACACUCACAAAAAAUAUUUGGGGAAUGUAGUGAUGUUGGAGAUGGAGUAGCUCUCUAAAGUCUGGGGGUGAGGGAAAUAUCUCAGAGGUCAUUUGAAGUUUCUCAUUUCUGACCAAUGUAUAUGGUUCUGAGUUGUUUGAGAAGAAAUUCAUUCUUUGUGCUCCCUCAGACGACCCUCAAACCCACUUCACAGUCAGAUACAGGGUACUCAAAGCCAACUAAGUUAUUUAGCUAUUUGAGCCAGAAUGCCCUACAUGCUUUAUUCAGGAUUGGCCAUUGCUCUUUUAGACUCUGACUUUUCAGUUAUGCCCCAGACUACAGAUGUCUGAGGGAACUGAAGAAUCAGAACAACAGACCAGUGUUAAGUUUUUGUUGAUUUCUCUGUGCUAAAUCCAAAAUUAGUCCCACAUAGGCUAGACAAACUGAAAGGGAUGUUAAUCAAAUAAAUACACAUUCAAUUGAUUUCAACGAGUCUGCUCUAGUUUGGACUAACACUGGAUUUUGAAUUAUGUAUGCUGAUACAUUUCAAGUAUCUGUAUCCUCCAAGAGUGAGUAGAGAAUUUUAGAGGUUUGCUUUGUGAGUACUGUUUUUUGUUACCAAUGAUCUUAAGUAAUUUGUCACAUUUGUAAGGUGUUUUUGACUUUUAUUAAUGCUAGCUGACCCCAAAACAAACCAAAGAAACUAAAAGAAUUAUAGGUUGUCUCUGAGAACUACAUGGCAAGCUUUCUGUAACUUUGUUGUGCUUUCAUAUAGGUAAAAGAACUAAAUCAAACCAAGGUAGUUGCCAUUAUUCAUGAACAUUCUAUUUAAAAAACAAAUACAAUGCAUUUAUUUAUGAAGUAGGGAAGACUUUCUGUUUUGAUGCCAUUUCUAUCUGAAUUCUGAUUAAAAGAAUCUGGCUCAUAUCCAGAUGGAAAAUAUAUUUUCUCUAAUGAAUGAAGAGCUGUAUAAACAAAAAAUUAAUGUCACACAUAUUGUUUUGAAGCUUAAUUAUUAAUUGCUGAACCCGGCAAAAGCAAGUCACUGUGAAAUGAGUAAUGUCUUUUUGCGCUGUAUGGGUAUAUCAUUUGUGUUACAAGACAGAAUGAAAUGUAACCCUCAGACUGCCAAAAAUUAUACAUAGUGAUUAAUUGCUCUUUUUUAAGAAUAAUGCUUUACUCUUUGCCUGCUCCGGUGUAUUCUAUAGCUCUCCUAGCUCUCCAUUUUUAUCCCUUGUUUAAUUUUUGUUUGUUCAGAAAUCUACUCCUGUUCCUGUUCUUCUCAAAUGGAAAAAAAAAAUCAAGAAUUUAGAAUAGUCAGUCAAUGACACAGGUAAGCUUAUUUCCCCAAAAGACUGGAAGUAUAAAAUACAUUCCUGACACGUCAAAUGUAUCUCCACUUGUUAGCUGUUUGGACCUCCAAAAUUACAAUAAAUAAUUGCAUCUACUUUGAUUUGAAAGUGGAAAACCUGUUGGCGCAGCUCUACAAGCACAAGGCUGCUAACAUCAUCAGCCACAUCUUUUUAUUGCUGAAUAAAAGUUUCUGUCCAUACCCACCCCAGUUCUGAGGCUCCCUAGGGAUCCCUUUUGUCCUUGAGAAGCUUUUGGGGGCCCUGAAAACUGGGGAGAGAGCAAUCAGAAACUUUUACUGUAAAAGGCUGUGGCUGAUGACAUAAUCAACCUUGCACAUGCAGAGGUGCAUUAACAAGAUUUCAGCCAUACUGUGUUUUGUUUCAAACAGUGCAUGAGCAACGGCAUAUGAAGUGGAGUUAUCCAGCUUCAGGAAAAUUGUUUCUGCUUGCACCACCCUUGAAAGUCUUCACAAUCCUACAAAUUAUAAAGAAGAGCAUGCAACUAAAUGUGAUAUCAAAGAUAUUUGGAUCAGGAACACCUGUUUUCAAUUAAUAAGAGUGAUGGAAUGGCCCAAAGUGGAAACUGAGACAAUGAUACCGGGAAAGAUAUUUAACUCAUUCCCCAAAGACUGUUUUCCUGAUUAACAUACCUCCUUUUUUAAAAAUAAACAUUUUAUUUGCUGUACAGGAGAAAUUCAUAUGCAUGAUAUAUCUUCUUAACUGAACAAACAGCUAUUUGGAGUAUAUGUCUUUCAACAGGGAGAGAAAAAAUUAUGCAAAGAAAAGGGUUCCACUUCUUCAAUUUGCCUCAGGUGUACAGGUUGCUAGAGCUGGUCUUUAAAAAAAAAUAUCAGGGCAUUUUAACGGUGAAUAUUUCGGACUACAUCCAGUCUGGCUUUUGACUUGCUUCCUUCCCCGUUAUCUUAAUAAACACAGGAUAUUGUAACUGGCAUUAUGGAGACCAACUCAUGCUUUUCAAGUCUGUGACUUCUUUCAGAUCAUGCACUGUAUCUGUUGAGGAAGACUAAAUCAGGGUUCUGCCAAACGUGAACAAGGUACUAAGUAUUCCAGUAAUCAUAUGGUUCUUUUGCCUAUUACUGUAUUUCAAAUACUGCCCACCUAGUCUGGCACUGAAUCUACCCUAAUCAUACAUUCAGUGUCACAAACUUAAUCUAACCCCUCUCUGUGAUGAAAAUAUACCAGCUUAAGCAAGCCAGAAAUUAUACAAGUCGUGAUUGAUUGUGUAGCAAGGUUAAAGACUGGAUAAACACUGUUGGGAAUAGUACAUGUUAAUGAUAGCAGAAUUAAUUAUAUGGCUGCUUACUGAAGAAGAUAGAGGAUGUUUCAAAGUCACCUUGGCAAUUUGGAUAUCAUCUAGCCCUUAAUUUUAAGCAAAAUGGAACAUUUUGUGUGUUUUUAACUACAAGAAAUAGAACUGGAUUUCUUUCUCAAACCCUUUUUUUGUUUCCCUUCCAACUCUUUGAGUUCCUGUUUUACUAUCACGUAAUUAUGCUUGAUUUCGUCUGGAGAUUUUCAUUGGCCUUCAUAAUAUAGACGCACAGUAGUGUGUAUGUGUGUACUGAAUCUCCAUCUUUACUGUAAAUAUAUUAGCUGGAAUCCUGUUCAUAUUUGUGUAAAAUUUGUGUAACCUGCCACAGCUAACUGAUGAGAAGCAGGGACACAUCUUAUUUGCCUAUCUAGGCACAUGACCAACAGAUGCCACUUGCUCCUUGUCAGUUAGCAACAAUUAGGUGUGUCCAUUUAUGUAAACUUUAUGCAAAGACUAAUAGGAUUCACCAUCUAGAAAAAUGAAAGAAAACUGAAACCCUCAGGCUUGGAAACACUACUGAAGAACUGGGAGCACUAGCAUUGUUAUUUUAAAAAUUAUUUUGGCCAACGGGAAACUCCUACUUGCAAAGUAUGUGGCUUUCCACUGAAGUAUGGUGCCUCCCAUGAACCACAAUCCAUAUUGGGAGUUUGUGAAUCCUCUGUAUGGGAGAGCCAAGAUUCUCAUACUGAAUUACAUCAGUGGUUGGUGAGAUUUGC